AUUACAAUUUCUAUAAUAGUAACAUUAAUGAAUUUAAAAGGAAAGGAUGUAUAUUGUAUUAGAAUCAAAGUAUGGAUAAUACUUCUAUUAUAUCUAUAGAGACUAAUCGAUCAGUCAAAUCAGACACUUUCUAACAUCUUCGCAGGAACGUGUAAAUCCAAUCGAUCAUUAAGUAAUCAAACACUCGUAGUUGCACGUAAUCUACUGUUACUUCGCUCCUGGUACUACGCCACUCGGUUAGAUUUCAUAUUGCACUUUGGCAAUAUACCAGACGUUAUAUACCAUACGAGUCUACACACGCAAACGUUUCCGAGAAUGCACGCAUGCAAAUAUCGUGCAUCUUAUAAGGUCAAUAGUAAGCUAUUACCGAACAAUUUCAACACCCGAAAUAACAGAAACUUUGACGCUUUUGUACAAUUAUCUAUUUACUGUCUAUUCCUAAAGUCUAUAUACAAUGUUACAUAUAUUUAAAUUGUGCAUAGAAGUACACGUGCUUGCAUUUGAAAUUAUACAUCGUAUAUCCGAAGGCCGAAUAUAGAGGAUCUAUUUCGAACUAGCGCGAACUUGAACUUAACGAUACGACGUAAUCUUGAUCGUGGAGGCGCACUAUUCAGGAAAUUAGUAAUUAUAGGAGAUAAGAUACGUGUUCUACAUGAAUAUCUGUUCCAGAACUAUACAGAUAUUCGUACAUAGAAAUUAUGUAAUACGGUUAUUAACCUUUCCUCUAGAAGAAAUAAUCAUGUGUAUCAAAUACUUUUAUGUCAUGAAACAGACUCUCUGUUUCUGAAUUAUAAAAUGCUGAUUACAACAAUUGACCGUGUCCAUACAUUAGUUAAUAAUAAUUACUAAUAUAACUUUAGCGACACGCAAAAUUUAUCAUUACAAAAUUGAUUCCUUCUAUGCAUUCAUAGCAUCCACCACGGUAGUCAGAGAAUUAAUUACAGUUCGAUAGUUUAACUCGCAGAACGCCUUUCGAACAAGAUGUACAAUUUUAGGGUUUCCUAAGGUGUACGUUUUACUUUCUCGAGUUCAUGGCUCGUUAUGCAUAUACCUAUCCAGAACCUGGUGGGAUGGUAGCUCGUGCGCGGCGCGAUGAACCGACUAGACUCGGCCAAAAGCUGCUGGAAUUAUUAACUCCUGUCAGUCUAGUCAGCUCGAUGCACCAACGAGCACUUAACUGCCUCUUUCACUUGUUAAUAUUCUUUGAGAACUUUGAUCGAUUGACUUCUUACAGAUCUAACUCUAAAGACAAUUUCUUUGCCUUCGCAAACAUAUCUUUCUCAGCUCUACGAGUUCGACCCUCGUGACAAAAUGGAAAUAUGUACAAUGUUUCAUAAUUUCUAACAUUCUAUAAUAUUCUAUAGCAUUCUAUUUACGUGACAUUUAUUGACUUUCAUUGAAGAGUCGAGUAAAGCAUUAGUCGAUUAAACUUUUUGUGUUACGUGUGAUAUAAGGGUUGAACAGCUCGUACGUAGCAAUUCUUCGUGUUAAUUCAUCAAAAUGAAGAUAUACAAUAUGAGUGAGAAAUUUGUAUGAUUCUGUUAACUGUCGAUUGUAAGAUGGACAUUCUGAAUAUUUUGGAUCGGUUCACGAUUUUAACAUUGGAGAAAUUUGAGAUUGUAUAAUUUGAAGUAGUGUAAUGGCUGAGGAUACACCUGUCGACAUGGAAGAACUUGAAGAGGCGGAGGAGAGUAACAAUUCGUGUUCGACGAUCACUUCUGUGCGUGGCAAGAGACACUGCACGGAAAUGCGAGCCGAAAAGCCUGUCUACCUCCGACAGAAAGAGAAGAUUAUAUAUCCGAGGAAUACCAGGACUUUGGCCAAGACGGUGGUCAUCGGUGGUAAACCGAUUGAUGAGGAGACGUGCAUGGCUUUAAGAACUCUAGUUUUCGGGAGUUCCGCUAGUCCACCUCGACCAGAAUGGGCAAGAACCGGAUUGACCUUACGACCUUACGGUCAAACUCUAGCUUUUGGACUACGAGCACCUAGAAAUACAACCAGGGGUCUCGUCACUGCUGUCCAAGCUAUUAUGCUCAAGCAUUUUCUGUUCAAAUGCAACAAACAAGAUGCUCGUACCAAUCCAGAGAGCCUGCUAAAGCCCUCAUACGACAGACAAAUCGAUGUUCUGACAUCAGCGAUAGCAGAAAUCAUUUGGCGAUGCGCCGGAGGGUUUGUUGUACAAAAUACUGGUUGUUCGCCAAAUCAAGGUGUUACUGGAAACACAAACGCUGCCAGAGCCAUAAUUACUUUGCCCCAGGAGACACCCUAUGUACAACACACUGUGCAAUACUUUCAGGAUGGUCUGACAGAGACUCUGCACUUAUUCGAGCUUGAUUCCCUGGAGGAUCUUGAAAUAUUUAUCAAACGAUAUUUAUAUUUGUUCCAAGAUGAGGGUGGCCCUGGAGCACAGUUACUGUUAUACAGUGCUCUGCUUUCAAGAGGACUUUCAAAAAUUCGAGCUGAUCUUGAAGACCCAAAAGCCUCGAUAUUAAGUGGUUGUCCCGAAGAAGGUCCCACCACCAUUGUAAUCCUCUCCUUAACCGGUCGUGCUUCGCCUCAUCUGCAUAAUGGAGUAUUGCACGUAGGGGAUGAAGACACAUACGCUGUGCCUCAAUGGGGAGUUCUCGUGAGAAGCGAAAUAGGAUUCCUCGUUCACGAGGGUGACGGGCAAAUCAGUAAACAACCUGGUUCUCGUCUCAAGACCCCCAGUCUACCCAUUUGGGUCACAUUGUGUCAUGGUCAUCAUGGUGUACUGUUCAAUACGAACCGGGAGUUAUUGAGGAACUAUCAUGCUGAACGACGAUUUGAGGUCCAAUAUUUCACCUGCGGAGGUAGCCACGCCACCCUAACUGUGGAUACCAGAUCAAAUUCAGGGAAUGACUUAGAAUUUGAGGGUCCUAGCAAAGAAUGCGCAGAUAUGGCUGCGACUCCAUUGGAGAAGCUCAUUCGUUCUAAGUGGCAAGAUGCUUGUAUACAAUGGAACGGAACUCCCUUGAUGUGAUUGCACCUUUGUCUUCUGUGUCCCUACAAAAUUACACGUUAAAGUAACUUUAAAGUAACACAGAUACUGAAGUAACUUUGUAUUGUACUUGUUUAAACUCUGUAGCAUCGUGUCUUUGUAAACAUUUGUGUAAAGAUUAAAUAUUGUA